CUAAGAAUGCUGAGAGUUUCAACAAUUUGGCCCAAGUACUCGUUAAUGAAAAGAACCAUUCCAGUGGCCAAAAACGCAAAAUCCUCAUUAUCCCUUGUUCAAACUUUGAAUAAUUCACUAUUUUGGCUAAGAAAAAUGAGCCAUGAGGCAGAGCCAAAGACACUAAAUAUGCCAGGCCAACAUGAAAAACUUCCAUCUGAUUUUCCUACUACCACAACGCCACCAAAUAUCACCACGCCUACCGACGCGCCGCCGGCGGUGGAGGAUUCACCUUUUGUACCUGAUUUUGAUGCUAUUCCACCCAUAAGACAAGGUGAAGACCCUCCAACGCCGUCGCCGUCGCCAACUGCACCACGAAUUGACAGUCCAGAAUUUUCUGAACCGCCGAACACUUCGCCGCCUAGCCAUGAAGCACCACGGCCACCGACAUCACCGCCUGGACAGCCGGAAGCGUUUCCACCACACGCUCCGGAUGUCAGACCUCCGAAACCUCCCGAACCUGGAGAGCAAAUUAGGAGGGUGUUUGGCUAAGCCUAUAAGCUAGUCAAACUGGUUUAUAAACACUUUUUUGUUUAUCUACGCGUUUGUUAAAAUUAAAAGUGCUUAUAUGUCAAAAUAAGUCAAAAGUCAUAAGUUGGUCUCAUAAGCACUUUAGGUUU